AAAAAAAAAUUGGGAUCCGUUUUGUGUGGGAAAAAAAUAUAUCCGGUGGGGGAUUGUAUUGUAGGGAUUGUACAUCCACACUCCACCAACGGAUCGAUAAUCUAGGAACCUUUGUGCUAGGGUUUGUGGAGAACAUGGAAAACUCAGAAAGUGGCAGCAUUUUUUGUGGGUUAAAAACAGAUUUAAAUUUAUUGCUUGAAUGCCUGAAAUACCAGAUGGACAGUCCUUUGGGUCAGAAACAAGCCUUGGUCACCAUUUAUUCCAUAUGUCAACAGAACAAUUCAGCAAGUGAUUAUUUUCGUGAAAUUGGAGGCCUGCAGUUUGUAAAUGGACUUGUAAAAUUGAGCAAUGAUUCUACUGUUCAGGAGGCUGCCCUCUUUACAUUAGGAGGUCUAGCUGAAAGCAGUGUUUACUGCCAGCAAACCUUAUGUACUACAGAACUACUUUCUUAUUUUGCCUCUUCACUGGCUCAGAAGGAAGCUUCACUCAAUCUAAAGAGGAUAGCUGUAUAUGUGAUCCUGGUGUUAGUGUCACACAACAAGUUCGGGCAAGGCUUAGCAAGAACAACUGGAUGCAUCGAUAUUCUUCUGAUUUUGUUCAGAAGCAGCUUCCCAAUAUCAAACAAGCAUUCCAUACACCAAAAUAUCAGCCAGUGCUAUGAGUUGUGGUCGUCCAUUGGGAGUACACUCUGUGCCUGCGUCAACAAUCCACAGAAUGAAGAGAAUCAGAGAAUAUGUACAACAGUCUUUCUAUUUGCAAGAGACUGCCUACAGAAAUACCCCCGGCAGGAAAUAAUCCGUCCCAUUUGUUCGUUUGUUGGACUCACAGUCGCCAACAACACAUAUGCACAGGACUGCUUUUCUAACGUUGGAGGCCUGGAUACUCUUGCUGAAGUUCUUGUCAAGUUGAUAGAUGAAGCUGGAAGGAAUUGUUCAACUGCCAAGCUUGCUGUAAUUCUGACAAAGACUUUGGAUUCCUGCAUUGCAGAAAAUUCUUCAGUUGCAUCCCGGUUGACAGAAUAUUCAAUCGUACCCAAACUAUUGAUGCUGUUGUCACAGGGCAAUCACGACUUCAGUGGUAAAUUAGGCAUCAUUCUCGCGAUUGGACACUGCACCGACUCGUGUGAGGACCAUCAGUAUCAGCUCCUGCAGAACAACGGGCUUCCACUGAUGAUCCAAAUAGUGGCAGAAUCCCAGGAUGAGGAACAAAGGAAAGCAGCCACUUUUGUGUUACAGAGUUGUCAACGCAUAACUGAGAGACUAUCAGACAAUCUGAUUGAGCAUUCGCAGCCAAGAGAUACGCUUGCGCCAUGUGACAUCAACUACCCGAAAAACAGCUGUCUGAAAGGUUACUGGAAAUUUGCGCAAGAGUUUCUGAGUCGGAUGAAAACAUUAGAAAAUCAGCAAGAAGAGCUUGCCACAAACCGCUUUAUGAACACCAGAGACACGGAGGUACAGAAAAUGGCCGCAAAAUCAAGUCCAAGUGUAAACGAGGAGCUUCAGGCAUACCAUUCAGUGUACCCAGGACUACAGCAGACAGAUAACCAAAGAAAAGGACAGGCUGUGAAACACUAUGGAGAGACACACAUUUUGGAUAAACCUUGCAUGGAUAGUGGAAAAAUAGAUAAACUUCCUCAGCCUGGAAAUACAGAAUGGAAAAGAACAAUUAACAAUUGCACUCCAAUAAAAAGAAAUUUAGAUUACCGUUAUGCAGUAGAUGGACAGAGCAAGGAGGGUUCUGUUAUUCGCUCGGUCGGUUUGUCCCAUUCAAGAGAUGAAGAUAGAAAUCAAUGCAGAGACCGACAGCUAGUGGAAAGGGUGAGGCGACAGAUAUUUGUAGAAGAUGAUGUGGCACUGGAAUCGAUUAGAGAAACUACCGCUGCAGCUCAGUCCAGGAUGGGCGGUUUUGACAGAGCAAAUUGUAUUCCAAGAACAAGAGAUGCGAGCAGCCAGUGGCAGUAUGGUGUGCCCAUUGGCCCACACGGUGGCAGUGUUGGCUCUAGGGAAUCCACUGGAUAUUUGCACCGAAAUGGAACUUCAAAGGCACGGGGCAGUUCUGGGUCUGCGCAAUUCGUUGCUCAGGGAAAGAACGGAAAUGUAGCAAGGAGCAUACCCAUGAUAAGGGAUACUGUACCUCUUGUAAGGAAUCCACUGAUUCUGUGCUCAGAUCUCAUUAACAGCGAAGCCCAUGGUAAUAGCAGCCCGGCACUUUCAAACAGUGUGGAAACAGUGUUCAGAUGUACAGGUUGCGUGAAAGCAGCACCAUCGCUAAAUAGUCGCAGUUUCAGCAGGAUUCUCCAUUUGUGCCCCUAUAAAUGUGACAGGCACAAAGUGAUUCAGGAUGCUGAAGACCGAUACAAAAAAUCCCUCAAGAAAUUAAUGAGUUAUAAUAAAAACACUGCUGCAACGUACAGAAGGAUUGUUUUGACACCAGUUAAAGAAUGUACAUCUAGAGGUACAGAUUUCAGCAGCAGGCAGAUUUUAAACCCAUUGAAAGCAGCUGGUAAACACAGUUACACAAAUGGUCAACAAUACCAGCCAGAGCCCAGAAAAGAACUGUGUAUGUCACAGUGCAAGGCCAAGGUUGAUGAUCAGGAUCAUACUUACUCCUUUGAUGAUGAUGAUGAGCAUUCAGACACAUGUCGGUAUUACUUUAAGUUGAAAGAAAGGAGGAAAAAGAGGAAACGUAAGGAUUUCACACCCGAAGAGGUUACUUUCCUGAUAGAAGGAGUGAAGCUAAUGGGGAAGCACUGGAAUUCUAUCCUUUGGUCAUUUCCCUUCCAGGAAAGUCGAACCAAUGUGGAUCUAGCACAGAAGUACCGGAACUUACAGGGAAAAAAAAGUGACAGCCAGCAAAUGGUGAGGCAUUGACACUUCAUAUACACGUCCAUGUUAUGGAUGAGCACGGAUUCUGUAUUUAUGAUUUACACCACUGGAAGACUGAACCUUCUAUUUCUAUGCAAAAGCAAGGACAAUUCUAUUUAAAAAGAUGCAGAAAGAAAAGUAAUGCCAUCCUA